GAAUUAAAUCGUUAGCUGUAACUGGUGUUAUCUUUGGCUAAAAAACUAGACAUGGCCGUUAUCUGCAAAUACUUUUAUUGUGGAUAUCAAGUGAAACAAAGGGAUUUUUUUUUGGCUUUGUUGUGCCUGCCGUUAAAAUUGCUUAUAGUUAUCUGUGUAGUUAUCAUCGUACUUGGUUUUGCUCAAGCAAUUCUAAAGCCUUUGUCUUUUUUUUUUUCUUUUUUGAAGGGAUAUACUUUACCUCAGCAGUUAUUGUAUGUGGGGAUUGUGAAAGUUGUUCAGCGAUUUUAUCAUCCCCAUUUUAUAUGGGCUGCUCAAACUAACGAUCUUCAUAACCUCAGACGGCACCCCAUUUUGUCCUCCAUGCCCCUGCAGGUCCUGUUUUAUUUGAACUGCUGGUAUUAUGCUGCCUUCUUUAUAGCUGAAAGUCUAAUGUUUAUCUAUAAAGGAAUAUUGCUGCCAUACCCCCAGGAUAAUCUUAUACUGGAUAUUGUUCUGUUGCUUCUCUACCUUGGUCUGGAAGCUCUGCGACUAUUUUAUGGCUGGAAGGGAAACCUGUGUGAGCGCUCUCUGAUGCUCGUUGUUAGUGUUGGUGUCUUGGUGCCCUGCACAGUACUAAGCGUCUACUAUCUGCUGCUGCAGACUUUUAUACUGCGUCUUGAAUUUAUCCUCAAUGCUAUCUUACUCUGCUUCUACGCUUUGGAGCUGGUUCUGGCUCUAAUAACCAUUGCAGCUUUUUCCAGGGCCAGUGUUUAUUAAGGAUGUUUAUGACAACAAGGAAAUAUUCGUUAGAAUGAGUUCGUUAGUAUUCUUGUGUGGUAUCCAGUUUUCAGCAUAGCAAUGUUUCUCAUCAUUGUGGAUCCGCACCACUUACUGCACUUCUCAUCCUCUUUUAACGGCAACUGAGAUCACUAUCAGACAUGUCCUACUUUAAAUGCGUGUGAAUGAAGUACUUCAAUAUUUCUGAAGUACUUUCAUUAUUGCCACAAACCUUUUUUAUUGCUAUUUUUCCUGCACUAUGUCUUUCUGACUGUUUUGUAUUUGAUUAGAGAUUGUUUGUAUUUUGAUAGUACCAAACGCACUUUUAAAUAAAAGGAAAUUAUUUUUUACUAAACAUAA